AUAUUUUGUAGUGUUGACAAAGACAUCCCUUGCCAGAAGGAACCCAAAUUUAUUGUGUUCUGUACGAGGCUACUGGCUAUAUUCUCGAUUUUUUGUUUUAAAUGCAAGAGUGAAGGGCCAGACGUCACCAUGAAGAAGAAUGGCACCAUGGUAACAGUGAUGCAGAAUUGCAGAAAUUGUGGUCCUAACUCACUUCUGUGGAGGUCACAGCCAAUGGUGCUUGGGCGGUAUCCGGCAGGGAAUAUCCUGCUAAGCUUUGGAAUUCUAAUGGCAGGGGCAACUGUUAGUAAAGUGCUCCUGGUUCUAAAACACAUAGGCAUUUCUGUAUACAAUGCACAGACUUACUUUGUCCACCAGAGCACGUUUUUAUUCCCAGCCAUUCUGACCUACUGGGAACGAUACAGGUCCAAACUGGUGAAUCAGAUUAAAGAAAAGGGAGAGGCAAUUUGGUGCGGAGAGGGCAGAUUUGACUCCAUGGGACACUCUGCAAAAUAUGGAGCGUACACAAUGUUCUGUUGUGCAGUUGCUAAGAUUGUACAUUUUGAGCUGGUUCAAGUAUAUUUUCAUCUAUAUCAACAAAUAUAG